AUGAAUAAAUUAAAAAAAAUAAAUGUAUAUUCACUUCAAGAAGUUAAAUAUACAAUGGAUGACUCAAUUAGCCCAUUUAUGGCUACAUUGGGGUACCAGGAAACUUAUCUUUUAAUGAAUAUACGAUUUAUUCUUGGUUAUUCAUCAGCAGUAAUAAGUGCUAGUGUUGCAGCAUGCAACUAUAUUUUCGGUUUUAAAGCAUCUAGAAUUUAUACUUUAUGGGGAGUGAUUAUGUAUUUUAUUUUAUAUGGGUGUUAUAACUUGUGGAACUAUACAGCAGGAAGAAGCAUUAUCUACCAAGGAAGUAAGAAGAAGAUUCGUCUAAGUAUUCGCUCAUCCAUUAAUAAAAAAGGCCCCACGUAUACACUGACAGUUGAAAUACUAAAAGAUCGUAUUUUAAAAAAGUUUUUGGCAAAAGAGACAUUCAAUCUAUGGUUUACAGAAGACGGGGAUUUUGAAAAAGCUCAAUUUAAUGCAUGGCUCAAAAAUACUAUUAAACAGAUAGAAGAAGGAAAAGGAAGCUUCAUCAUUGAUAUUUCGAAUAUAAUAAAAAGGAAGACUGAUAACUAA